AAAGGCUGCUUGUGGGGCGCAGCCUCCAGAGGCACUGAACUUGGAGGAGCCAGAAGGGGCUGUGCUAGACACACAGACAGCCUCGAGGAGGAAGGCGGAGUUGUGUCUGGCUACAAGACUGAGUAGAUAUGAAACACCCCCUGCACCUAGCCCUUCUCCUGCUGGGGACAGUUUCUGCUCUUUAUCUGGAGAAUGAUGCCCCCCAUCUGGAGAGCCUAAAGACAGAGACAGACCUGGAUCAGGAUCCAGAUGGCUCAGGGGAGCAGAAGGGAGAGUUGGCCCUGACUGAAGAGGGGAUUCAAGUAGAGGGCGAUGAGGUCAAGACUUCAGGGUAUCAAGAAGCCUUUGAAGAUGAGGAGGCUGUGGAGUCAGGCCCACCUCCUUUAGAGCAGAACUUGCUAUGCCCCAGGGAAGAGGAUACUGUUCAAAUUCAGGGAGAUUCUGGGUGCAAAACCUGUCGAUAUCUGCUGGUACAAACUCCAAAGACAUUUUCUCAAGCUCAGAAUGUCUGCAGGAGAUGCUACCAAGGCAACCUUGUCUCCAUUCACAACUACAAUUUCAACUAUCAUGUUCAUUGUUUGGCCAGUAAGAUAAACCAGGCCCAGAUCUGGAUUGGAGGCGUCCUCAGGGGCUGGUUCCUGUGGAAGAAGUUUUGCUGGACUGAUGGAAGCUCCUGGAAUUUUGCAUAUUGGGCUUCAGGGCAACCUGGGUGUUCAGGAGGCCACUGUGUGACCCUAUGUACUGGAGAUGGCCACUGGCGACGAGCUCCGUGCCAUAGGCAGCUGCCCUUCGUCUGCUCCUUCUGAGCCAGUGGCGCGGUGAACCAGCCUUGGAGCCUCAGGCCUCUGGCUGCCACUGCCCCGCUCUCGGCCCUGGACUCUGCCCCCAGCCUCUCCUGGCCAUAAAUCCACACUUCUCACAGCA